UUUGUGGAUGGUGCAAGAUACACAGUUCUCAUGAAUGUGGUACUCGAUUGGGACUUGGGAAGCUUUCAAAGGCUUUAUAUAGCUUAUGAUGUGGCCUGUGGAGUGGCUAGGCGAAGACAGUCUGAAUGAUGCUAUUGUGAGCUACUUAUUGCUUGCUUCUAGCUUUUCGCGGAAGUAUUCCAGUGACGGGCAUUUUCGAUAUGUUGAAGGGAGGAGUCCAGUUACUGUUCUGGCUGAUUGGGCAGUGUCCUCUCUGGCCGACGUCAUGCGUGACUUUUUCCUCUUUCUUUCAUCAAUAGAAACCUGACUUGGCUUCUUCCUCUUGCCUUGAACGAUGGAAAGCUGACUCCGCUUGUCACUUUCUUGGGGUGGUCGGUUUUUGGUGGGGAUGACUGACCCGGAAGAGGGGCAUAUUGCGAUGUAUUUGUGGUUAUAUCUGGGCUGCAGCCCACUCUGAGGCACUGAUUGUGUCUCUGCCGUCUCGA